AUGCGCACAAUCGUCUUACUGGUUUCUCAGCUGCCAGCCAAGUUCCUCCGUAAUGCGCCCAAGGAUGCCCCAGCUGUCCGCAUUGGCCUGGUGAGCGCAGGCGUAGGCUACGGCCUCUUCGCCGCCCGCGACCUCACCAAAGACGAAUUCAUCUUCCACGAGGCUCCUCUCAUGACAGCCCUCUUCAACGAAAAAUUCUCAGCCGACGCCUCCCUGAUGCACAGCCAGUACCAGGCCUACAAGGCUGCCCUCGCCGACGGCGGCCAAGACGUCGUCACGCUCGCUUUCCCCUUACUUGCCGCCCGCAACGGGUUCCCGCCCGCCUCCUGGGACGAAGCCAACCCCAUCUUCUCUGCCGAGUCCGCUGAGCCCGACGUUGCGGGAUCAAUGAAGAAGUUCUUCGGCAAGAACCUCAUGCACGGCCGCUUCGCCGGCUCGACCAUCACGCAAGAGGAGUACGAGACGUACGUGGCGGGCGUGAGGGAGAUGCUCAUUGCCAAACCGACGGAGGAGGACCGACAGAAGGCUUGUCUGGAUUUCUUCAAGCAUUAUGCUUUUCAGGCGAAACGGACAGCCACUGUUCCAGCAACAUCUAACAUUCCUCAUCUCCCAUCACCACCACCACCACCACCGGUCUCGGUGCCGAUAUUACCAACAACAGCAGCCGCCACCACCACCAGCAACCUGACACCCGUAUCAACAACAACAACUCCAACAGCCCUGUCGACCAAAACAAACUCCGACGCCUGCAUUUACCUCCUCGGCUCCCUCAUCAACCACUGUUGCACCCCUCCUCAAUCCUCCUCCACCUAUGUGACGCGUAAGCGCAUCGAGCGCGGCCCAAAUUGCGAGUGGCGUAUCGGUGCCUCGGGGCUGGCUCACUUCGUGAAACCCAAACACAUUUGCGUGCAGGCCAAGAAGGAUAUCAAGGAGGGCGAGCAGUUGACGUGGGAUUAUGGGAAGAGGGAAAAGGGGUUCGUGUGUGAAUGUGCGACGUGCAGGGAUACGUUUAUAGGCUAUUAUUGCGGCGUGCUGUGA